CAGCGCCGGCGCGCGCCUGGCUGGGCCCUGUGGGGCGGGAGGGAAGCAGCGCCGGAGCGAGCACCGCGGUCGUCGCCCAGAGCCCAGCCGCGCCGCCCGCCGCCCUCCUGCCUGCUCAGCGCCGCUUCGCGCCGGCCCGCUCGUUCGCGCUCCAGUUGCGGUGUCCUGCAGCGGGGGCCCAGCAUGGUCAUGGCGGAUGGCCCGAGGCACUUGCAGCGCGGGCCGGUCCGGGUGGGGUUCUACGACAUCGAGGGCACUCUGGGCAAGGGCAACUUCGCCGUGGUGAAGCUGGGGCGGCACCGGAUCACCAAGACGGAGGUGGCUAUAAAAAUAAUAGAUAAAUCUCAACUGGAUGCGGUAAACCUUGAGAAAAUCUACCGAGAAGUACAAAUAAUGAAAAUGCUUGACCAUCCUCACAUAAUCAAACUUUAUCAGGUAAUGGAGACCAAAAGUAUGUUAUACCUUGUGACAGAGUAUGCCAAAAACGGAGAAAUUUUUGAUUAUCUUGCUAAUCAUGGCCGGUUAAAUGAAUCUGAAGCUAGGAGAAAAUUCUGGCAAAUUCUGUCUGCUGUUGAUUAUUGCCAUGGCCGGAAGAUUGUGCACCGUGACCUGAAGGCUGAAAAUCUCCUGCUGGAUAACAACAUGAAUAUCAAAAUAGCAGAUUUCGGUUUUGGAAAUUUCUUUAAAACUGGUGAACUGCUGGCAACGUGGUGUGGCAGCCCCCCUUAUGCAGCCCCAGAAGUCUUUGAAGGGCAGCAAUAUGAAGGACCACAGCUGGACAUAUGGAGCAUGGGAGUUGUUCUUUAUGUUCUUGUCUGUGGAGCUCUGCCUUUUGAUGGACCAACUCUCCCUAUUUUGAGGCAGAGGGUUUUGGAAGGAAGAUUCCGGAUUCCAUAUUUCAUGUCAGAAGAUUGUGAACACCUUAUUAGAAGGAUGUUGGUCCUAGAUCCUUCCAAACGGCUAAGCAUAGCUCAAAUCAAGGAGCAUAAGUGGAUGCUCAUAGAAGUUCCUGUACAGAGACCUAUUCUCUAUCCACAAGAACAAGAAAAUGAGCCAUCUAUCGGAGAAUUUAAUGAACAGGUUCUGCGAUUAAUGCACAGCCUUGGAAUUGAUCAGCAGAAGACUAUUGAGUCUUUGCAAAACAAGAGCUAUAAUCACUUUGCUGCCAUUUAUUUCUUGUUGGUGGAACGUCUGAAAUCACAUAGGAGCAGUUUUCCUGUGGAGCAGAGACUUGAUGGCCGCCAGCGCCGGCCUAGCACCAUUGCGGAACAAACAGUUGCCAAGGCACAAACUGUGGGACUCCCAGUGACCUUGCAUUCACCGAACGUGAGACUGAUGCGAUCUACCCUCCUCCCACAGGCAUCCAAUGUGGAAGCCUUUUCAUUCCCAACAUCCAGCUGUCAAGCAGAAGCUGCCUUUAUGGAGGAAGAGUGUGUUGAUACUCCUAAGGUAAAUGGCUGUCUGCUUGACCCCGUGCCCCCUGUCCUGGUGAGGAAGGGAUGCCAGUCACUGCCUAGCAAUAUGAUGGAGACCUCCAUCGAUGAAGGGUUGGAGACAGAAGGAGAGGCCGAGGAAGACCCCAGUCAUGCCUUUGAAGCUUUCCAGGCCACACGGAGUGGGCAGCGACGGCACACUCUGUCAGAAGUGACUAACCAAUUGGUUGUGAUGCCCGGGGCAGGGAAAAUUUUCUCUAUGAGUGACAACCCCUCCCUUGACAGUGUAGACUCUGAGUAUGAUAUGGGGUCUGCCCAGAGGGACCUGAACUUUCUGGAAGACAGCCCUUCCCUGAAGGACCUCAUGUUAGCUAAUCAGCCUUCACCCCGCAUGACAUCCCCUUUCAUAAGCCUCAGACCUACCAACCCAGCCAUGCAGGCUCUGAGCUCACAGAAACGUGAGGUCCACAAUCGGUCCCCUGUGAGCUUCCGAGAAGGACGAAGAGCGUCAGACACUUCCCUUACCCAAGGAAUUGUAGCAUUUAGACAACAUCUUCAGAAUCUUGCUAGAACCAAAGGAAUUCUGGAGUUGAACAAAGUACAAUUACUCUAUGAACAAAUAGGAUCAGAGGCAGACUCUAACUUAACAUCAACUGCUCCUCAGCUCCAAGACCUCUCGAGCAGCUGCCCUCAGGAGGAAGUCUCUCAGCAGCAAGAAAGUGUCUCCACGCUCGCGGCCAGCAUGCAUCCUCAACUUCCUCCACAACAGAGCUUGGAAACCCAGUACCUACAGCAUCGACUCCAGAAGCCUAAUCUUCUGCCAAAGGCCCAGAAUACUUGUCCAAUAUAUUGUAAAGAACCACCUCGGAGCCUGGAACAGCAGCUGCAGGAACAUAGGCUCCAACAGAAGCGACUCUUCCUGCAGAAGCAGUCUCAGCUGCAAGCAUAUUUUAAUCAGAUGCAGAUAGCAGAGAACUCCUACCCUCGACCAAGUCAGCAGCUGGCUCUUCCCCACCAGGAGACUCCACCGCCAUCCCAGCAGUCCCCACCAUUCAGCCUGACCCAGCCCCUGAGCCCGGUCCUCGAGCCCUCUUCUGAGCAGAUGCAAUUUAGCCCUUUCCUCAGGCAAUACCCGGAAAUGCAGUUGCAGCCCCUGCCCUCCACACCCAGCCCCCGAGCUCCACAUCCCUUACCCUCACAAUUGCAGCAGCCACCCCCUCCAUCUCCUCCUCCUCCACCUCAGCAGCCAGGAGCUGCUCCAGCCCCCUUACAGUUCUCCUAUCAGACUUGUGAGCUGCCAAGCACCACCUCCUCUGCACCAGACUAUCCUGCUCCCUGUCACUAUCCCGUGGAUGGAGCCCAGCAGAGCAACCUCACAGGCGCGGACUGUUCCAGGAGCUCAGGGCUUCAGGAGGCCCCAUCUAGCUAUGACCCGCUGGCCCUCUCUGAGCUCCCUGGACUCUUUGAUUGUGAAAUGCUAGAAGCUGUGGAUCCACAACACAAUGGAGUGGCUUGUCCUAUCAGCAGAUGAAUGCACUAAGCACAAAGCGUCUUCCUUAAAGCACAAGAAGAGAGCUACUACACUGAUGCUGCAUCUAGAAACACCUAUAAGUUGCCUUUCCUCUCUGUAGUAAGUGUCCAGGCAGGCGAGGGAAGACUAGGCAUGGGAAGUCUACGGAGAGCCAUCCUGGCCACCAGCCCAGCCCCUGCCAGUGCUGGUGAUUCGAGUGAGCUAGCAUCUUUGAGGCUGGCCAGAGACUGUAGUUAUUGGGCCCCAACUGGUGCCAGGCUGCUUUGCAAAUGCGCUCUGCUUGGAAUUGGGCUGUGGGUAUCAGCAGGAAUGGAUAUCAGGAGGGACUGUCAUUUUGUGAUUGAAUAACUGAAAAUCCAGUAAGGAUAAAUUGUGUUUCUUUUAUUGAUUCUGUUCCUCCUCUUGCUUAAGAUCGAUGAUUUUGUAAGAUAAAGGACAUCAUUGCAUUUGAGAGAUCAUUUCAUUAAGAUCUCUAACAUGUCUUAACGCUUUGCAAAAUAAGCCAGCUAUAAAAUGGGGCUUGAUCUGUUUAGAUUGGAGGAGGAUGUUUUCCCAAAAUAUACUGCAGAAGCGCUAUAAUAGUGACGGAAUGAAAAUGCCUUCCAGAUUGAAAAUGGGGGCCGCUCAUUUCAGGACUGCAGGAACAGCACCGCUACAGAUUGGCAUAAACCCCUGCCCCCCAACAGGGCUGUGAGCUGCUUAGCCCAGGAGACCUAGCAGCUAUGGCAGGACAGUUAGGCGACAGAUGAGGGGCUGCGGAGAGGCUGUCAGAAGGUUAAAGGCUGCAGAGAGAAGCCGGGAGCACCCAUCAACAGCCAGCCUGCUAGGCACUGACACACAGAGCGGAGGUGAGGACAGUCGCCUGGUGAAGAAUACCAUCAUGCUGGAUCCUGUCGUAAGCUCCCGUUUGCUCCUCUCACUCCUUCCAAAUAGAAAUCCCUAAUUCCGUGGCUAUCUUUACUUCCUGAGAUGGAAGCUGGUGAGCACAGAUGGGCUGUGGUGGUCAGCUCACCUGAUUACUUCUGUUGCUGUCUCCUAACUAGUGACCAUGGAAGCUUCCAAGCCAUUUCUCCUCCCAAGUACUAAAGUAACACUAAGACGGCUCAGGCGCACUCAUGCUGUGAGGCAGCUCUGAAAUACUGACAUGCUCGCCUGUCAGUUCACAUCAGCAGUGUGUACACUACUGUAUAGUAACCCUUGGCUUUGUUAUCUUGUAAACCAGCCUCUUCAAAGAGACUGAUGAUUCAAACAUGAGGGAAAUUUUUUCAUUCGGCAAAAAGUGCAAUAUGUGUGGUACUUUUUUAUUUUUGUUUAUGGUCUCUUGUUAUCCAGGUAUCACUCUCUGCUCUGGGGGAAAUAGAUUAGUUCUGCAGUCUCGAGUUGGACAAGUGUGUCUCUAGUAUUUACAUGCAACUGGCAUGCUGGUCCCUGUAAGGCAAAUAGAGGGUGUUAAUGCAACAGGAAGAUACCAGGUUGUGGGCUCCUACUCCUCUAUUCCCAGGGAGCUGCCUGACCCGUGCCAGCCCUCACCCUGCCCUGACCUGGCCUGCCUGGGAACCUGCCACCUUGGGAACAAACCCUCCAGAAUCUACCCAAUGGGAGACAAUGAGGACCCAGGAAGAGCCUUUGGAACUGAUGUGAGGCAUGAGAGGUGGCCUGAGCAAAGCCUUUUGCUUUGUGUCCUAGGAAAAGGAAAGCCAGGAUCCCAUCAGCCUGUGAUGAUGCACGCCUUUAAUCCCAGCUCUCGGGAGGCAGCAACAUUAGAAAGCCAGGGUCCCUCUAUCUCAGAAAUCAAGAUCAGAAGUGUUUAAAUCCUGUCCUGGUGUCAGGGUGGUAGGACUUCAGCCUUUUCCUGCCACACCCGGUCCUAACUUGUAUAAUUGAGUCUUCACUGUUCUAGGGCCCGUACCCCAUACCCCCCCCCACAGUCAACCCAACCUGUGGAGUGACACCCUCUGCCCUACCCUGGAACUCCAAUAACUAGGAUACUCAGCAAGGAUUCAUCAUAGGCCUCUCUACCUCUACCCCAGGAGCCAUUAUACCUAAGGCAGGGAUACUAAGACUGGGAAAAGGACUGUGUUCUCAGCUGGAAAGUGACACAGUGAUGAGUCACAAACUGAAGGAACCCAAAAUGACCAGCUGAUCAAAGGCCCCAGGUGCAGCAGCAGUUCAAGACAUGGAGACUCAGUAGGCUCGCCUUUCUCUGUGGGGUACUCUAGCCUCUAAAGAAGCCCACUUACAUAUAUGAGGACCAGUCUCUCUGCUGUUAGACUUUUACACUCACAUCAGUAGUGGCUUAGGCUCUCUACUGGUUUAAAGAAAAUUCACUCAAGUGACUUUUUCACAUUCCUCCUCCUUUAGAGACAAUAUGUAGUGUCAUUUGAUGACACUGAUCCCACUGGGCAGUUGCAGAGUCCCUGUGCCAGGGCUGACCUUUGCUGCAUUUGUACCCCUAAGCUGGGCUGCCUCUACUGCCUCCUCGGAAGCCACCCGAGCCGUUCGGUCUCUCUGUGCCUAGACAUCAAAGGUAAAAACUGGAGAACAGGUAGUAAGUUGGAGUCAUUGCUCAGGCAGGGAUCUUUAUCAUUUUGUUGCUUCUGGAAAUUUUUUUACAGAGCUUACCUUCAUAGUGAUUUGUGGGAGACAAGAACAGUAUCAUCAUCAGCCUGUUUCAACACUGGACAAAAACACACUUCAGUACUUACACACACACACACACACACACACACACACACACACACACACACACUCUCCCUGGCUGGGGUCCCAGAGAAGUGAGAGCCUUUGCCACCUGCCCUUGGUAGCAAAUGGAAUGAGGCAGUGACCCUUAAAGGGUCCUUUUGACCCUUAAGUCUUUGAUCUCCCAAUAUCUUCCCACUUAUUUGUUUAGCCAUUUUUACCCAGUUACAAUUACCUAGUUGAUUCUAGAAGACUCCCAGCCUUCAUAGUUGCAACCACAUCUUAUGUCUACAUUAUAUCUGAGCAGAUUUGUGUCAUGUGGCAUGGGUUGACAGAUAGGGAUACUGCACCAUAGCUUAACCAAGGGUAUUCUUGCAGGGCCUGCCCUCUCAGCUCGCCCAUCCAUGUUCACGGCAGCACACCAAGCACUUUCACAAGCGCUCUCCCAAUUCUAUGUGAAGUUAGUGAGAGAUAACCCCCCCAUAUUUCUUGUAGCUGAGGAGAGCAAUACUCUCAAAGGGUACAUGACUUAGCUGAGUUCAUAGAGCUCAGACAAGCACCUUUGUUGCCUGGCUUUGCUCCUUGUUGGAGCCCUGUCCCACAGCCCCUCCCCUUCAGUAGCACCUCUUUGCAUAAGCAGAUGGCUAUGUAAACAAGGCCCUGCCCAGAUGGCUGCACCCUCCACCUGACAGCUGCCUGGCUUUAAGUGCCCACUGCAGUUACCCAGGUGACCUCAGUAAACGAGGAGGGGGAGACAGACACCACAGAUUGGCCUUCUUACUGUCCAAUAAAUCAAAGAAAUUUAGGCUUAAAUUAAGGAGGUUUGUUUAUUAAAUGUAAUCCAGUGCUUUUUCAGAAUGUAUUGGAAGGACACACUCCUCCCUGAUUGCCAGAGGGCUUCCUUAGUCAACAGUCAACCCCAGAGAAAAUGGAUGCCCAGAGAAUCGUGAACUCAACCUUUAUCCUAAAGGGAUAGUGUGUAGAACAUAUUUCUCUUUUCCAUUCCUUUUUUUUUUUUUUUUUUUUUUUUCUCGUUUCUUUCCUUCAUUUCUUUCUUCCUUCCUUUCUUUUUUUAAAUGGUCUGAAACAGAGUGUCACUAUGUAGCUCUGACUGUCCUAGAAUGUCCUGGUUUACUAUGUAGACCAUGCUGGCCUGGAACUCACAGAGAUCAGCCUGCCUCUGCCUCCAAAUGUUGGAAUUCAAGGUAUGUGUCUCUACCACCCAGGACAUUUCUUUACAAUUAAGUCCUAACAAUUAAGGCUCUAUAAAACACUUUCAGGACUACAAAAUGGUAAUGUGCUUUGAUGAUAGAAUGCUAGGUCUUUUCAGAACCAAAAUGGGUGAAUAAAGGUAGUUUUAAAAAUAGAAAUACAAACAUCCUGGUGGAUAGCGUAAUGUUACAUUGCCAAGUGCAGAUGACUGACACCUGCAUGCCCAAGAUUUGCUCAGUCAAGAAAAUCCAAGUGGUUAAACAUCCCCACUACCCGUGGUUUUUGUUUUGGUUUGUUUGGUUUGGUUUGGUUUAGUUUUAAUGCCUCUACCAGAAUCUGGGAAGGAGAAAGCAGCAGAAAAAAGGAUGUUGGCUUGGCUUUGGGGACUGCAGUGUUUAAGAAGGGAAAGUGGUAGAGAUUACUUGCACUUUGUAGAAAGGCAAGGCCAUUUGCUUAUUGCAGAAAGGGAGGGAGUGGUCUUGCUGGAUUCAGCUUGGUCUGUGAGUUAUUUUAGAUAAACUUAACCUGAUUGUAGUUAAUUUUUUUUUCUGUGUGCUUUUUAAUUACUAAGAAAAAAAUUGGUGACUUUGAUAGCUUUGGUAUUUUGAGUGCAAAUCCUAAUAGCUCCACUGUGGAAAAUCAAAGUGUAACCUGCCACUCAGUGUUAGAAAAUUGCCUAAAAUGCAGUUUAAUAAAUGAUCUUUGUACCAAAUGGUAAUUUAGAUGGAGUAAUUUUCUGCAAGGAAAAUGUACUGUCUUUAUGUUUCCAACCCUCCUGAAUUAAAAUAAAAACACCUUGUUUUCUAAAA